AUGAAGGUGUUGGUGGCGGUGGACGACAGCGACUUCAGCCGGCAUGCGCUGGCCUGGGCGCUCGACCACCUCUUCUUCCUCCCAUCCCCGGCCGCCGACCAGCCGGCAGCGGAGGCGGAGCCUCGUGCCGAGCUGGCGCUCGUCCACGCCCUGGAGCCGCUCCGGCACGUCAUGUACCCGGUCGGGCCAGGGUCGGCGGUGUACGGCGCGCCGUCGAUGGUGGAGUCGGUGCGGGCGGCGCAGGCGGAGAACGCGCGCAGGCUGCUCGACAGGGCCAAGCGGAUCUGCCACCAACGAGGGGUGAGCGCGGAGGCGGUGGUGGUGGAAGGGGAGCCCAGGGAGACGCUGUGCCGCGCCGCCGACGACAUGGGCGCCGGGCUGCUCGUCGUCGGCAGCCGCGGCCUCGGCGCCAUCAAGAGGGCGUUCCUGGGGAGCGUGAGCGACUACUGCGCGCACCACGCGAGCUGCCCGAUCGUGGUCGUCAAGCCGCCUCGCGACGACGGCCACCGCGCCCACCAGACGGCGAGCUGAUCGCCGGCGGGGGCAAAGAAACAUCCUGAUAGCCCAUCAGGCGACGACGACGCCUCGACGGAUUCAGAGAUUCUCCAAGCUUAGGAUGCGAACGAUGCCGCCAACACGUCCUUGAUGAAUCCUUGAUAUGUUGGGAACCAUCUUUGGUUCGACGAUGUAAAAAAAAAUCGUGCGCUUGGGUGAGAAAUAAAUCUGUGUAAAUAGUAAUUACCAGUACAUUUUAGUAAAGAUGUGUAAAUAAAUCUGUGCGCAUUGUAGUAAAACUGUUUGGUUGGAAA